CUCCUCCAGCAGAGCCUCUGCAGGAGCGACCGAGUGGGCCCAGCGGAGCCUGGCACACUUCCGGGACGUGGGGCGCCUCUCCCGUAAUAUUUCCCCUCCGCUCUUCCAACAGAAUUUGUCUUGCUACUUGGGAUUCAGGACGAACCGCCUGUCCCAGGGGCCUGUGCGCUUGUCGAGAAGGCAGCAUUCGCCUCCGCGGUCCCCUGGAGGGGCGUUGGAGGAGGGGGCGACGGAUAUAGGGACUCGCGGCCCGCUGUGGGAAUGAUCCACGAACUGCUCUUGGCUCUGAGCGGGUACCCAGGGUCCAUUUUCACAUGGAACAAGCGGAGUGGCCUCCAGGUGUCACAGGACUUCCCAUUUCUCCAUCCCAGUGAAACCAGCGUCCUGAAUCGACUCUGCCGGCUGGGCACAGACUAUAUUCGCUUCACCGAGUUCAUUGAACAGUACACGGGCCAUGUGCAGCAACAGGAUCACCAUCCAUCUCAGCAGGGCCAAGGUGGGUUACAUGGAAUCUACCUAAGGGCCUUCUGCACGGGGCUGGAUUCGGUUUUGCAACCUUAUCGCCAAGCACUGCUUGAUUUGGAACAAGAGUUCCUGGCUGACCCCCAUCUUUCCAUAUCACAUGUCAAUUACUCCUUGGAUCAGUUCCAGCUCCUUUUUCCCUCUGUAAUGGUUGUGGUAGAACAAAUUAAAAGUCAAAAGAUUCAUGGUUGUCAAAUCCUGGAAACGGUAUACAAACACAGCUGUGGAGGUUUGCCUCCUGUUCGCAGUGCACUAGAAAAGAUCCUGGCCGUGUGUCAUGGGGUCAUGUAUAAGCAGCUCUCAGCCUGGAUGCUACAUGGACUCCUCCUGGACCAGCACGAAGAGUUCUUUAUCAAACAGGGUCCCUCUUCUGGUAAUGUCAGUGCCCAGCCAGAAGAGGAUGAGGAGGAUCUGGGCAUUGGGGGACUGACAGGAAAACAGUUGAGAGAACUCCAGGACUUGCGCCUGAUAGAGGAAGAGAACAUGCUGGCACCGUCUCUAAAGCAGUUUUCCUUACGAGUGGAGAUUUUGCCAUCCUACAUUCCAGUGAGGGUUGCUGAAAAAAUUCUGUUUGUCGGAGAAUCUGUCCAGAUGUUUGAGAAUCAAAAUGUAAACCUGACCAGGAAAGGAUCCAUUUUGAAGAACCAGGAGGACACUUUUGCUGCAGAGCUGCAUCGGCUCAAACAGCAGCCGCUCUUCAGCCUCGUGGAUUUCGAGCAGGUGGUGGAUCGUAUUCGCAGUACCGUGGCCGAGCAUCUCUGGAAGCUGAUGGUGGAAGAAUCAGAUUUACUGGGUCAGCUGAAGAUCAUUAAAGAUUUUUACCUUCUGGGACGUGGAGAACUGUUUCAGGCCUUCAUUGACACAGCUCAACACAUGUUAAAAACACCACCCACUGCAGUAACUGAACAUGAUGUGAAUGUGGCCUUCCAGCAGUCCGCACACAAGGUCCUACUGGACGAUGACAACCUUCUCCCUCUGCUGCACUUGACAAUCGAGUAUCACGGAAAGGAGCAUAAAGAUGCUGCUCAGGGAAGAGAAGGGCCUUCUCGGGAAACUUCUCCCCGGGAAGCCCCUGCAUCUGGCUGGGCAGCCCUAGGUCUCUCCUACAAAGUACAGUGGCCACUGCACAUUCUCUUCACCCCUGCUGUUCUGGAAAAGUACAAUGUUGUUUUCAAGUACUUACUGAGCGUGCGCCGGGUGCAGGCUGAGCUGCAGCACUGCUGGGCCCUACAGAUGCAGCGCAAGCACCUCAAGUCCAACCAGACCGACGCAGUCAAGUGGCGCCUAAGAAAUCACAUGGCAUUCUUGGUGGAUAAUCUUCAGUACUAUCUCCAGGUGGAUGUGCUGGAGUCUCAGUUCUCACAGCUGCUGCAUCAGAUCAAUUCUACCCGCGACUUUGAAAGCAUCCGAUUGGCUCACGACCACUUCCUUAGCAAUUUGCUGGCUCAGUCCUUUAUCUUGUUGAAACCUGUGUUUCACUGCCUGAACGAAAUCCUAGAUCUCUGUCACAGCUUUUGCUCGCUGGUCAGUCAGAACCUGGGCCCACUGGAUGAACGCGGGGCUGCCCAGCUGAGCAUCCUGGUGAAGACAGUUGGUGAGUCUGAGAGGAAUGACAGCCCGACUCCUCUCUGCAGGGCUUUAGCCGCCAGUCUUCACUGCUAUUCAAGAUUCUCUCCAGUGUUCGGAACCAUCAGAUCAACUCAGAUUUGGCUCAACUACUCUUACGACUAGAUUAUAACAAAUAUUACACCCAGGCUGGCGGAACUCUGGGCAGUUUCGGGAUGUGAAAAUACCUGGUUCACAAAUCAAGUCUCUCACCACAUUCCCAAAUCUGUGACAGAAGAUUCAAAACAGCCCACUCUCCAGCCACUCAACAAAUGCCUGCAGCCUACUGAGGGCCCUACCUUUUCCCCCUAGAAGCUACUACUACUGAACAUUCGUGGGUACAAAUCCCUCCCCUGUGGAAUGGUCUGCCCCGCCACAGGGGAGCUCUCGCCUCACCCACCAUGGAGGGCACGUGGUGACCUUGCAAGACCCACUACACAGAGGACAUCUGUUGGACACAACCAUUUGCUGAGCACCUACGAGGUGCCUAGGUACUGUUCAAGCUGCGAGAGAUAGCAGUAAGUAGUAACUUCCAAUUAUUUCAGACUGGAAAAAGGGCAAUUCUAGCUAUGGACAAUGUAUUUAAAGUAUUAUUACUAUUUUAACAAAAGGGGUCCUUAAGAAAAAGCCUGAAGUCAAAUUCUUAGAUUUCAAAUAUUGAAAACUGCGAGUCUAAUUAUCCCCUUUUGGAAGAACCACAGGAGUUAAGGUUCCCUUGAUCUGGCCCAACCAUUACUGUAAUUAUUAAUGUUCAUCUUGGUGUGAACCAAAAUAAGUGUUUAUUGAACAACUCCCUCUAUAUGAAAAAAGAAUGCAGCAUUCCGGCCUCAGUCUGUAGCCAGUGAUUCUGGUCCUUAUCUCUGUGACAGAAUAUCCUCUACCGCACACUGCAUCCUGUUUCCUACAAUUGUGUGAUGAAGGUGACUCCUUCCACUGCUAUGGAGAAGUUAGCAAACUAUGGCCCGCCACCUGUUUUUGUGAAUAAAGUUUUAUUGGAACCCAGCCACACUCAUUUA